UCUAAUAAGCUGGAUAUCGUAGGUUCGAGCCCUACCGUGGGCAUUUUUUUUCGACCGUAUUAAUGGUCUGUGAAUAAACACACAAUAUUUUUAGAACAUUUUUUUUGUAGACUCAUCAUUUUGCAGAUAUAGCUGUUCCAAGAGCACUGUUGCCAGAGCGGAUUCGGGCGACACGCAUGUUGCGAAUAGCUUUGUACGAUAGCAUUUUUUUCUCGCAAAUGGCGUCAAUUUGCGAAAUUGCGCACCGAAUUUCAGAAGAAUGAACGCGUGCUCUUCUUGAAAUUGAGUUUGCCUUGCGCGAAAUAUCGCCUAACACAACGGCCUAUUUGAGCGAUGGAUGUUUUGAAAGAAAGCUGCCGAGACAAAGGUCUUUGAUGCGCCAAAUAUUUUUUUUUUUGUUUUUCAAUUUCGGCUCUACCAUCUUAUCGUGGUUUUAGAUGGAGUUGCUUGAACCUCAAGUAAAUAAGGUUCACCGGAAUUCUAAGUCUGGGGGAAAGGCUGCCAAGAAAGCCGCUGCCAGAAAGAAGAAGAGAGGGAUUGAUGUUGAACAAACUAAAAAUGCACAGAACAAUCCCAAGGCAUUUGGAUUUAGUUCGUCAAGGCGCGCAUAUCGCCAAUCGAAGAGGACGCUUGAUUUAGAGCACCGAAGAAUUAGUGCGCCGUUAAUCAAUCGCGCGCCGCAAGAACCGCCGCCUUACAUAGUGGCUGUGCAAGGCCCUCCUGGAGUUGGAAAGACCACAUUGAUUCAGUCUUUGGUGAAGCAUUAUGCAAAGAAAAAUAUCAAGGAGGUCAAGGGUCCUAUUACGGUGGUGAGUAGCAAGCAGCGUCGACAUUGUCUCUUCGAAGUACCCAACGAUCUAUGCGCUAUGAUUGACAUUGCGAAGAUUGCAGAUCUCGUGAUCUUACUUAUUGAUGCUGCAUACGGCUUCGAGAUGGAGACGUUUGAGUUCAUCAACAUUCUUCAGACGCAUGGCUUUCCGAAAGUUAUGGGCGUGCUUAAUCAUUUAGACACAUUUAAGAAAUUGAAACAGCUCAGAGAAGUCAAAAAGAAGUUGAAUCACCGAUUUGCUGCCGAACUUUAUGAUGGAGCCAAGUUAUUUUAUCUGUCUGGUUUUGUUCACGGUCGUUAUCCGAAGCGAGAUAUAUUGAAUUUGUCCAGAUAUAUUAGUUUACAGAAGUAUCGCCCCCUUAUUUGGAGGAAUACCUAUCCGUAUGUGCUUGUGGAUCGGAUUAUGGACGCAACAGACUUAGAGACAGUUCGGAAGAACAAACUUGUUGAUCGAAAAGUUUAUUUUUAUGGAUACAUACACGGCGCUAACCUUAAGUUGGGCAUGAAGAUUCACAUUCCUGGAAUGGACGAUUUCGAUAUCAAGAGCGUUCAAGUUCUGGACGAUCCUUGUCCCCGUCCCAAGUCAAAGAAGGUGAAGACGCACCUCUCGGACAAGGAGAAGCUGAUUUACGCGCCGAUGUCUGAUUUGGGCAUGGUUUUGUACGACGAGCAUGCUACGUACAUUGAGAUGGAUAGGAAUCCAGUUUACAAGAAGGUGGGUACAGGAGAGGAUGCAGUUGAUGUCCCCAAAGGUGGAGAAGGAGAAAAGAUGGUGAGAGAUCUUCACGACCGGCCAGAGACGAUCGAUGACGCGUUGAAUCAGGCAGAAUUGCGCUUGCUUCCUGGAUCUGCUUCUUUGAAGUGUGAAGAGCUUGAAUCAAAUAAUGUUGGUCCUACGGAGGCGUCUUGCGACCGAGCUGAUGGCAGCAGACGUCGAGCUGCGAAUUUUGGCGACGAACAUGAUGCUGAAGAUGGCGACAACCUUCAAUUUGCCGACUCUCUAUCUGAGAGUGACUUCGAGGAUGACGUGGUGAAGAGUGACCUCAGAUGGAAAGAGAAUUUGGUCGAGAAGGCGGUUUCUCGUUUUGAGAGGCAAGUUGAUUUAUCCAAGGUUGUUUAUAUGGAAGAUGAGUCUGACGCCAAGAAGGCUGACUUUUUAGACGAAGAUGGUUUAUUGGUUCGGGUUGGCAGCGCCCACGGGGAAGAGGUUGAGUCGUGCAAGUUGGAUUUGUUCGAUGGCGACGAGAAGGUUUCUUUGGCGGAUGACUUGAAAUCUCGGUUUGUUGGGAGAGAUUUUGCGUUUGUAAAUACGGAGGAGGGAAAGAGUGGCCUGGACUUGGAUCCGAUGAACGACGCACCCCUGUAUGGUGACUGGGAAGAGGUGAACGACACGUGUGACGAGGAGGAAGAGGAAGAAGAAGGAGGUGAGUGUGAGGAAGAAGAGGAAGACGAGACAGGGGAGAGCGAUGAGGAGGACGAUGAGGAGGAAUAUGAGGAGGAGGAAGACGGUGUAGGCAAGAGUGACGAGGAGGAGGAAGAGGAAGGAGAGAGUGAAGAGGAGGAGGAAGAAGAAGUUGACUGGGCGAAGUUGAAGGCAGAGCAGAAGCGUCGAUUUGACGAUGCCUACGAUCAAAUUAAGGUAUUUGGCGGUUCCAUGGACGAUUUACCUGCGCUUCAUGACGAAAAUGAUGAAUGCUUCAAAGACAGUGGUACCAAGAAAGAGAAGAAGAAAAAGGAGAAAGAAAUGGAUUAUUAUACAGAAACCAAAAUGGCUUUGGAGACACAACACCAACGGAAUAUGGAAGCAUUUGCGCAUUUACCUCUUGAGGAGAGAUGUUUAUAUGAAGGAUAUCGAGCAGGUCUAUAUGUGAGAAUUGAGAUUGAUUGUGUUCCUAUGGAGUUUAUUGAUUACUUUGAUCCUCGGUAUCCAGUGAUUAUAGGUGGUUUACAGUCUAAUGAGACCACCCUUGGAAUGCUUCAGGCUAAGAUUAAGAAGCAUCGUUGGCACAAUAGGCUGUUAAAGACGAAUGACCCGUUAGUUUUUUCUGUAGGUUGGCGUCGUUUUCAAUCUUUGCCCGUAUAUUCCAUACAAGAUUUGAAUGGUCGAAAUCGCAUGUUGAAAUAUACGCCGGAGCACAUGCAUUGCCUGGCUACCUUUUAUGGUCCAUUCGUGCCGCCCAACACUGGGCUGAUUGCCUUCCAGAACCUUAGCGAUAGGGCAGAUCAUUUUCGCGUUGCGGCCAAUGGUGUUGUGAUCGAGUUGGACAAGAAAUUCGAGAUCGUCAAGAAGCUCAAAUUGCUUGGAACGCCACGAAAGAUACUCGGUCACCACGCACACAUCGUUGGCAUGUUCAAUUCGCCUCUUGAGGUUGCGAAAUUCACUGGAUCUGCUAUCAAGACAGUAUCUGGGAUUCGUGGACAAGUGAAAAAGCCACUUUUGGACAUCAAGGGCGGUUUUCAAGCUGCAUUCGAAGACAAAAUUCUCAUGUCUGAUCUUGUAUUUCUUCGCACUUGGUAUCCCGUUAAACCCAGGGAAUUUUAUUAUCCUCUGCAAACUCUGUUGCUGUCUCAGAAAAAUUCGUGGAGAGGUAUGAGAACUGUCGGCCAAUUGAGGUCCGAGAAGGGCUUGUCCGCCCCUCGAAAAUCGGGCUCUGCUUAUCGUCCUAUUGACGAACGUCCUGAAACACGUCUCUUCGCAAAGUUCAUCAUCCCUAAAAGGCUGGAAUCUGCACUUCCAUUCAAGCUCUCCUGCGCCACUGCCUCCGAGCGCUCCAAGCCUACACCCAAAUCCUCCCUGGACGAGAAGCGAGCUCGCCUUCGACUCGUCGAUCCGGACGAGAAGCGGCGCACUGAUCUCAUCAGGGAUCUCUCGAUACUCAAGGAACACCGAGAGGCAAAACUAGCCCUCAAAAACAAAGAAAAGCAGGAGGCAUUUUUAUCUCGAAAGAAAGAAGAAGAAAAUCGUCGAAUUCAACAUAUGAAGAAACACAACAAGCGAAUUUGGAGGAUGCAAGGCAAAUCGACAACUUCCAAAAAACGAAAGCUUGAAUAUUAAAAAACAGCGUCAUGUAAAGAAUCCAAUUUUCCGUCGUAUGUCUGCG